UUUUUACCCUACAUGUAUCCUCUCCAAAAAUACCAAAAGUAACAAGCUGAUUUUUGUCAUAUUAACUUAUCUCUAUUUCAAGAACCAUAGGAAAAUGCAACUCACCUCAGGGGUCGAAUGACUGGUAGAAGAGAGAGACACUUCACUUUGACUUUCACCGUCUGUCGAUCCAUUGCCCUCUUCACCUGCAAUGAAAUAUUUAUUAUUACUCUUUUAUUAUUUUGAUCAGACACAAGAUAUCUAAAUACUGGGUGGGAGAAAUUGGUGAAUUUCACAAUCCAACUGACUCUGAUUAUGUUAGUGCUUACCUCUUAACACUUCAUUAUUUUUGGGAACAACUUCAUCUCCAUCUUUGACUUUAUUUUCCACAUCACGGACACGGUCGUGUUGGGGUAAGCCUAGAAGUUCAUCAUCCUGUCCAAAAGAGUACUCACUGUCGUUUGAUGUCAGAGAUGUUUGCGAUGAUACCACUGAGCCAGUCCUUUCGCUUAUACCGUCAUUGCAGUCAGACGAAAAACUUGUGUCCGUGAACAAUGAUGACUUACUACUUUCAUUAGAAAGAGAUGAUGAUGCACCAUGAUUACUAAUACAAUCACCACCGCGUCCAUCAUGGCCACAUUCAUCGGCAUUUCCUGACAUUUUAGCGAAAUCUAAAGACUCAAAACUAGAGUGGUACCUUUUCCUUUUGCUCAUUUCCUCUUCUGAUUAUCACUAUAUGAACUUCAAACUGGUUAUUUCUUCGCAGUACUUAUUGAUUAGAUACUCCUCAGUGUAGCGUGGGACAUGGGAUAGCGGCUGCCAUCUUGGAAUGCAGGACCGGAAAUGCAGAAAAUAAAUAACUCGAAUACUGAUUGAGUUUGACAAAUCAAGAUAGCUUAUAACAUUAAAAUAAUGUCCCUCAUAGAUAUUUGUAUUUUCUAUAACAAUACUAGACACUUUAUACACUGUUAUUGUAAAUAAGCACCAAUCAGGACUAAGAACCGCUGCUGGCUAUAUCCGGUUAUAACUGGUUUGACCACCACGUGUGUCAAUAGCUCAGGAAGGUAAAAGCGCGCAUUACAAAUAUUCUAAAGAAUCUUUUGAAAAGUGUGAUAAUACAGUGCCCAGUGGGAAAUCAAGUGGAUCCGAGAGAAUGGCAUCGUCUACCACAACAUGGUUACUCUUACAAUGGAUUGAAGAUCCACCACAAUGGGAUGUAAUAGAAGUGGGAAAGUGUGGUGCCGAGUUAAAGUUAAUGGCCCUUGGAAAGAAGCUUCAGUCAGCAGUCGGGAACAUCUAUGAUGUGCCUUGGAAUGGAGAGACAGCGCCAGCUAAAGUCUUGGAUUUUGGUAAAGAUAAGGCUAUGGAAGCCAAGCGUACCGAACAAGUUAAGAAUUACGAGGCUGCCAUGGAAGUUGGUAGGAAGAAUGGAAAAAGUUUGCGGUGUGCAAAUAAAAGGAUGGCUGAUGAAUUGUCAGAAAGUGAAAGCACUUCUUCAGAUGCCAAUGAGAAGAGAAAAGUCAAGAGAAAGAAGGUUAGUGAUGAAGAAAUCCUAAUUUCAACAUCAGCAAUAGAAGACACUGACAGUUCUGAAGAAAACGGUUGCCAAGGCUGCAAAAAAUUGCCAAAGCUUAAAGAAAAAUACAAGUUGGCAAAAGAAAAAAUAAACAGAUUAGAAGCUGAGAUUGAGCACUACAAGCAAGUUACAGAUGCAAGAUCUCUAGUAGACAACCUUAAAAUGCUCAUUAGGGAAAGUAAAACAAAAGAGGUUGGCCAAGCAGAGUCACAGAACCCAAAUAUAGGACUUAGGCCGAUAACUGCACCGGUAACUCCUACCUCUGCAAUUGAAAAAGAAGGAACGAAGCAAUUAGAUGUAAAUGAUGGCCUACCAGCCACCCCUGGCAGAGUCAAAGAAACCACAAAGGUUGACAUUGGACGAGGUGUGCUGGUUGAGAAAACUAGCCUGAUGGCUUUGUCAUCAGUGAAGUCGGGUUCAACAUAUGCCAGAAGACUAUUAAAGACCAUUUUUACCGAUGCAGAGCUUGUUGGGAAAAGUCUGACAGGCAGAAAAUCAAAUGCCUUUAAAGACCAGGAUCAGAAGCCUGCCCUUGACCCAACUAAAGUGGAGGCAGUUGUUGAUCUUGCAUGCCGUAAAUUUGGAUGCCCUCCAGCAACUAUAAAGAUGUCUCUUGUCAACAAGCUAAAGGAAAUAACAAAAAAGGCAGCAAACUAGCUUACAUGUACUAGUAGGAUAAAACUAAUAAAUUUCAAUACUUUCAGCAAGAAGCGCUUUUGUCAUACUGUACCAGGGUCUGGCAUUUUGGAAGUUAAGAGUGAUUUGGUAGGAUGUCCUGAA